AUGGAUUCGAAUUUUUUUGGUAAUGAUGUUUCGAUGAGCGAUCCGUUUUUGUCAUUGGAGACAAACUUGGAUGAGUUAGCCAGUAGGUUUUUAUUUUAGUAUUAAUUAGUUUUUAUUUUUCGAUUAGGGAAAUAUAAAACUUUAGAGAGGGUGUAAAAUGAUAAACUGAAAACUCACAAUUUACAAUGUACUUUCCAGCCGAUUUUUUGGUGAACGAACGAAUGGAUUUUGAUCAUAGCUGGCAGCAGCCUGGACCAUCGCAUCAAAAUCGUCCCGAACAGCUUCAGAAUCAACAGACUGUUCAACAGAAUUCAGAUGAAAGGCCUGUAAAUCAACAUAGUCCACCGCAAGAAUAUUAUGAUCCAGAGGGGUGAGUUAUAAAUAAAAGAGAUUUUCUAAUGGAUUUUGAAAAAUAUAACUAUAGUUUCCUCUCAGAAUUUGGGUAAACAGUUUGAAGUAAUUAAUUUAACAGAAUAUUUUCAAAAUACGACUAGCAUUAAAUUACAAAAAUAAAGAAAAAUCGGAACGGAAAAUUUCUUUUUUUUCAAAAAAGAAACUUCCAAAAUUAAAAAAAAAACAUUUAGCCACGGGCGAAAAAAUCAAACAUUUUUCUUCAUUGCGGACUAUUCAGAUUUUAAUUUGAUCUACCUAAAAAUCAGGGCGCUAAAAAAUCAUUUUGUUGUAUUUUCCUUUCAUUUUCACUUUUUUGUCGAUUCUCAAACGAGAGAUAAUAUGAAUCGAGGAGUGAUUAGAGCUGACUCUGGAGGGAUUCCCAUAAGGUACACUGUAGGGUACAUGACACGCCCCUUUUCCCCUAAAAGUCCGCAGUGAAAAAAGUGAGCCUUUUCACAGCUGCAAAAACCGAUUGUGCGCCAGCAAUGUCUCCUGCACUCUUCUCUCUCGCCCUCCACGGGCGUGUGUGUUUGUCGGCGUCUCUAUUGGCGCACACACUCUCUCGCCGAAAUUUUUUUUUUAAAUUUUUUCUCGAAUUUUUUAAAAAAAGCUGAAGUUAGCGGAAGUUUCAACAAAUGAAUCGUACAUGAGAAGAUAGAGGAGAAUGAGACGAAGACAGAGAAAUAUAAUUUGCUGAGUGAAAAAAUUUAUUAGGCGUGAAAAACGUGAGAUUUUGAAGUACCCUCACAAAAAAGAUAUUUUUGAAAUAUUGAAGCAAAACUUUCAAAUUUUUUGUAUGAAAUAAGAUGUUUCAUAUACUUAUGUUGCAAAAAGAAAGAAGAACUUCUUACCGGACAAUGAAUUUGUACUGUUAGACGAGAGAAUAACCAGCCUUUGUCUCAAAAAUUUCAAAGAACCGAUGUUUUUCGGGAAAAAUUUCAACAGUGAUUUGAAUAAUUACAAAUAUGGCUUACAAUUUCAUGAUAAAAUCAUGUUUUAUUUUCGCUGAGAUGUUUCUGAAGCUUUAGAAGCAGGAUCUCUUCUAACAAUCAGAAUACCACAUUAAUCAUCGAAAUUUGAAGUUCUAUCCCACAGCUCCUAAUUUUGCGGCACUUUUUGAUCGAAAUUUGAAGAAAAUCAACAAAGCUCAAGUUGAAAGCAGCAAAAAUUUAUUAAAAAUCUGUUAUUUGAAUAGUAUUAUUAACUCCACUUCGUUCAUGAUCGAAACCGUUGAUUCCACUUGGUUGACGUUCGCAAUACCUGAAAACAAAAUUGCUUGUUUGAAUUAAACAGUUUUGAAUCAUGGACAUAUGAAAUAUUAGUUCUUAUUAAAAUAAAAUGCGAUGAAAAUGAAAAUAUAAUUUUACUUUUCGAAAAUGAACGGUAGAAAUAAUAUUAGAACAUGUAUCUUGAUAUAGUUUUUGCUGCUGAGAAAGAUAGACUAAGUCUUCAUACUCCCCCGUGCCUCUAUCAUGGUGAAAUAACGUCAAAAUGACGGAAACAUUGAAUUUUCAUUAUUUCUUCAAGUGAUUUUACUAUUUUAUAAAAAUCAAUCAAAAAUUGGAAUUACCUUCAAUAAAAUCUUCCAUAGAAUCCUAAAACUCUUUUCGUGAGGCUCUCCACGUGAAUUCCUUUGUGAAUUUCUGGUCAGGUUGGCAAUCAAUUGGAUUCGUUCAUCGAAAUAAUUUUUGUUUAGCACUCUCCGACAUCUUCAUGUUUCCGUCAACUCGUAUCACGCUCAUCUAAAUAUAAAAUCAUGAUUUUUUGAUAAAUUUAGAUACGAAUAACUCACUUUUCAACAAGAAAAAUAUUGAUUCGCCGACCUCGAGAAAUGCGUCUCUAAUGCAUCGCAUCUCACUCAAAAUCAUCGGAAAUUCAUCUCCAACCAAUUGUAUAUUCAUUCCAACUCACAAAAAUUCCAACUCGAUCAAUUCCAGAAUAAAUAAAAUUUUCUUCGAAAAAAAUGGACUUCAUAAAAACAACUUUAGCAUCCGUCAGCCCCAUUUUCAUAACUCGAUCCAAACAUAAUAAAAUUCUCCUUUAAAUUCUCUACAAACGAUAGUCUGUCCGAAUAUGUGAAACUUCCUGAAAAACUAACAAAAAAAUAAAAAAGAAGAAAAAAAUUAAUUUUCUGAUGGAAAAAAACAAAAAAAAGAAAAUUUUUUUCUCGUGCAAAAACCGAAAACGCGUCAAGUGCUGGCGCGUUUCGCGCGAUCAUUCAGUUUUUGCAGCUGUGCGCUUUUUUUCUUGUUUUUUUCGCCCGUGUUUAGCGGGUAGCAAACGUGAUGAGACCCAGUUGUGUGUUCUUAUGCGCCUUGAAACAAGUACAAAAAUAUAUUUGUUUCUUUUUUUUUUCGAAAAACACUUUCAAAUUGUCUUCCUUGUUUUCAUUCUUGCGAAUAGAUGGUUAUUGUAAUAAUAAAAUGUGUGAGUUUACUUUUAAAAAACAACGCUUCCGUAAUUUCUUUUUUCAACUAGAAGUCACAUGAAUCAUCAUGCAAAUCAUGUGAAUAUUCAUAAUAAACACAAACAACUCCCAGUUUUGCGUGCUUUGGGGUCAUGAUCAAACAUAUGUGAUUAGUAUUUAGAUAAGAGCCGUUUAACUAUCAAAAAAACUGAUAUUCAAAAAAAUCAAAGACCGAGAGGAAAUCAAAAGUUCCAUAUUUUUGCAGACCGCGGGAUGUUAACACGAUUUCGUCACUGUUGACCAGGUCGCACGAUGAUUAUUUUUCACGAUUUUCGCCGCCAAAUUUCGAUCUACAUGAGCCGUCUUCUUCCAUAGCUUCAAAACAACCAUUGAUGAGUAAUGGGCCAGCAAGAAUGUUAUCUGGAUUAACAGGAAAUGAGGCAUAUUCUCCAUCAGAUGCUUAUCGACCAAUGUCAUUAGCUCAACAAUUAGCAGCUCCCGCAAUGACACCAACACAAAAUAAUUUAUAUAUAAAUGUUGUUGAACAAAAACCAACUCAUUCAAUGUUAAUGAAUCAACAAAUGUUGUCACCGCCACAUCAAUCAAUUGAAAUGCAAAAUCUACAAUCUCCGCCAUAUCAUCAACAAGAUUUCUUCUCAUCUCCGCCACAUUAUAAUUUCAAUUCAAAUAAUCAUGAUAAUUCAGCAAUUUAUAAUAGUCCACCACAAACAUCUAGAAUGACACCAAGUAGUAGUAAAGAGAAAAAACUGAAUAUUGAAGAAAAACCAACGAAUACAAAAGAGGAAUUAUUGAGAAUACUGGUGAAUAUGUCACCAAGUGCUGUUGAAAAAUUGAAAAAGAAAAAAGAACCAAGUUCUGGGGGAGGAGGAGGAAUGAUAGCAUCGCCAACACCAACUGGACCACCGCCAAAUAAUUCGAGCGGAAAAAUGAAUGGACAUCGUAUUGUAGAAAAUAAUGAAGAAGAAGAUGAUGAUGAUAGUGAUUCGGGAGAAAUGAAUUUGACACCCGUCAGAAGAGGUUCGUACAAUUUUUCACUGGAAAUACCUUAAAAACUGCCACGUCAUAGCUUGGUCUAGAACUUGCUGAAAAUUUAAAAAAAAAAAUUAUCUAGAUAUUUCAUUUCUUCAAAAACAUCAAUGAUCAAGAGAAAACCUUAUCUAGAAACUAUGAUUAUUUUUGAAGAAAAAAGGCAGAGCAAAAAGUCGAAUCAGGAAGUUUUCCGGAGUUUUUUUUUCGAGAAAUGAUUUUGAAAAUUUUCCACGAAAAUUAAGAAAUAGCCACGUAUUUUUUCACGUUUUCUCUUCAUUUCAAUCAAAAAUGUAAUCAUUUCUCAAAUUUUUAGGACCGAAAACCGAACGUCGAACAGCUCACAAUUUAAUCGAGAAAAAAUAUCGGUGCUCAAUUAAUGAUCGAAUACAACAUCUGAAAACAAUAUUGGCUGGAGAUGAAGCUAAACUAUCAAAAUCGGCAACUCUUCGGAAAGCAAUUGAACAUAUCAGUCAACUACAAUCCGAAAAUAAUGCGCUGAAAAAUGAGGUGGAGAAAUUGAGAAAUGUUUUGAGUUCGCAUGGAUUGCCUGUGAGUUUUUCAAUGGGGAUUUACCAAAUUCCAGUCAGAAAUUAAAAUUGAAUUAAUAUUUUGGCACUAGAAAUCCACGUGGCAAUCAAGUGUUACAAAUUAGAAUUUUGGUAGCUAAUUUCCACAUUUAAAAAACUUUGAAAAAUUUUAGCGAUUUGAAAAAUAAUUCCCUUAAAAAUGAAUAUUUUUACAGUACCCUCCACCUGAACCAGUUCGAUAUCAAUCUCCUGAUUAUUCAAUGCAAUCACCAAUCGAAUCUUCACCUUCGCCACCACGAAACGAGAAAAAACGACGAAUUCAACAACACCAUCAAAUGGCGAAUGGUGGGAGUGAGAGGGUGACCCUAUUCGCCAUGUUGAUGGCUGUUCUCAUCUUCAAUCCGUUAGGGUUAACCCUAUUCUCUUAAUUUUUUGAUAAUAAUUUCUAUUUAUUUGCAGGUUCCUAGCAAGUGGUGUUUUGGCGACUGGCGCUUCAACGGUUGAUCGAAAAAUCCCGGUUGCGUCGCCUUUUGAACAUGGAAGAAUUUUGGAUGACUCACAGAUAAUUGAACCCGAACAAUGGCAUAAUAGUAUAAUUCGACCGCUUUUUGUGUGGACCAUCAAUAUUUUUGUGGUUGUUUGUGUUUUGAUGAGAUUGUUGGUUUAUGGAGAACCGGUGCAGGAUUUUAAAUCGGGAUCUUGGAGUAAUUUUGUGAAGACAAGAGAGCAGGCGAGAGAAGAGAUUGUGGCGGGAAAUUUGAGAGAGGCGCAGAGACAGUUUUGUGAAUGUUUGGUGGUGAGUUAGAAAUUAAACAAAAGUCCUUUAUGUAGUUUUCCAAAUUCAGCUUUUCAAAUAUUUUAUCAAAAAUCUUCAAAUUUUUAAUUUUCCACAUCAACAUUUUAUAAAUAUAACCUUUACAAAUUUAAUUUUCAAGAAAAAUUGGAUAAAUUUUAACAGCCACAGUACUUUCCAGUUACAGUGUGCAAAAUCUGGUAUGAAAAGUAUAGUUUUGAUCUACCGUAAUCCAGUUCUUUUUACAGUAAACCUGAAUACAGUUGAGUUACAAUUUUUCCCAAAAACGUUUUUUUUCUUCAGAUUCUUGACCGACCGCUUCCAAGUCCAGGAAUCGAAGCAACAAUUUCAGUAAUCUGGGAAUGUAUUCGACAUCUUCUAAAUUGGCUUUGGAUUGGUCGAUGGAUGUCUCGAAGAAGAAGAUCAACAUCAACUCCAGUUUCCGUAGUUUGUCGAAGUCAUGCACAAACAGCUGUUCUUUACCAUGAAAUCAAUCAAAUUCAUUUAAUGGGAAUUACUGAAUAUUCUGAUGAUUCAGAUGAAGUUUAUAAUAUAUCUGGAUUAUAUUUGGCAUUAUCAGCUGUGAAUUUAGCUGAAUCUGCUGGAGCAUCAUUAGAUGGUUUACCUCGAAGUAUUAUGGCACAGAUUUAUAUUGCUGCUUCGAUUCGAUGUCGAUUGGCUUUGCCAAAAUUGUUGGCCCCAGUUGUUUCCGGAUAUUUUUUGAGAAGAGCAAGAAGGCAUAUUCGAAGAGCUCCAGAACAAACAGUUUCACAUUUAUUGUGGUUAUUCCAUCCGGCAACACGGAAAUAUAUGUCCGAUGAAAAACGAUUGAAAUUUAUUUUGGAAUCUAAACAGAAACUCAGGUUUGGAUCACUGGUUGAAGAUGAUCUCAGUGAGUUUUUUUUUUGGUUCCGAAAUUCAAUAAUAAUUCUGAAAAGCCAAGCCAGUUCCAAAACAAUUUAAUUUUUAAUUUCAUAUUGGAUUCACAAAAAAGAUUUUGACAAAUCCUAAAACUUUUUAUUUUCCAGGUUCUCCAUUAUCUCGACUUCGCGCAACUCUCAAAAUCCAUCUUCUCACAAAACUAGUCACCGAAUUAGUUGGCGGCGAUGAAAUUCUUCAAAAUUCUCCUCCAACAACAGAUAUGAUUAAUUUAACUGAAGAAGAAGUUGAUAUUGUUGAUAUUUCGCGACUUUUAGUAUCAAUUUCAACACAAUGUAUAAUUGCAACAAAUGGAAAAGAUGAAUCAACAAAGUUUGGAAAUUGGCUAAAUCGAAAUGGUGAUGCUUGUUGUACUUGGUGGACACAUGUUUUAACAUGUGGAAUUUAUUGGAGAAAUGGAAAAAAUGAUUUGGCUAGAAAACAUUAUUCAUUAAUCAGAAAAUGUCCAGAUGUUAUUUUAAAAGAGUAAGCAUUAAUUAUCAUUAUUGAUUAGUUAAUUAAUUUUUUGCAGUGCUCUUGGCCUCGCUGUUGGUCAUGCUCUUUGUGCUCGAAAAAUCUGCAUCGAAGAUCGUGAAUCUUCGAAAGUUAGCCAAUUUGUUUGUAUGCACACGAAAAAAUCAUUGGAAUCUUUGAGAUUGUAUUCGGUUUCAAGAACACCUGGAAUUGUGAAUGCUAUUCAGGUUGGUAUUGAUUUUUUAGUGGAAAAUUGUGAUAAAUCGGAAAACUACGAUGCUCCGCGUUCACAGCUUGAAAAAGGGACCACGUGAACGUGGAGCAUCGUUUAAAAUUUGUAAGAUUAUUUUUCAUUUAAAAAAACAUGAUUUUUGGUUUCAAACGAUACUCCACGACGGGGUCAUUUUUCGUUUGGAACAAGGCUGAUACAAAUUUUCAUUUGAUAUUCUCCACAAAAAAUAAAAAUUUCAGUUGGAACAAAAUCUGAAAAAUCUCAAUUUCCAUAUCGAAAAAUUCCAAUUUUCAACCAAAAUUCUACUUUUUUAAUUCCAGGAAGGAGUCCGUCGAAUGGCCUACGAAUGGAUAAUGAGUUCACUUCUGGAUGCAUGGCGAACAAAUCUUUUCACAUCAAAACCAUAUUGGAUUCAAACAUUCAAAGGACAUUCAAUAUUUUCAACACUUUAUCAAGAAGCUUAUAAUCAUUAUUCUCUAAUUCAUGGAAAUCGAGGUGAUUGUUGGCGACUUUUUGUAUAUGAAUUGACUUGUCGAAUGUUGAAUGGUGCAAAUCCUCAAGCAACUUGGUCUGGAAUUCGACGAGUUCGAACAACUCGAAUGAAUGCGGUUAGAGGGAGAGUUUCUAUGAAAAGAUCAUCUCAGCCUGAUGCUUUUCAUCUUCAUACACUUUGUAAAUUACAUUCCAAUUUGGAUUUGUGA